CAUAUUAUUAUUGAGCAUUUAUUGAGUAAAUUAAUGUAAAAAGCAAUGGCAGGUAAAGCUCGUAACAAUAUUAAUAGACUAGAAACAGAAAUUGAAAAGAGUCGAGAAGAAUCGAAUUGGAAACGUGUUAUUGAAUUAGCUGAACAAUUAAAAACACGAUCUAGAAAAGAUGAAUGUUUAUCAAAUUUUCUAAUUGGAGAGGGUCGUUUAGAAUUGUAUUUAGAUACAAAUCCACCAAUUGAAGCAAAUGCACCAAAGGCCAGAUCUGGUUUAUCAGAAGCAAAACGAUAUCUAAAAGAGGCUGCGAAUGAUUUAGGUAAAAAGGCUGGUGUUGCCUUGGAUGCACAUCUUCUGUUAGGUAAAUUAUGUUUUGCGUGCGGACAAUAUUCAGAAAGUUUGGAACAUUAUAACUUAGCAGAAUUACAUACCCUUACUGAAAAACAUCUUCCAAUUCGUAGUUUAAGAAUAGUGGCUGAAUCGUUUGCAAUUAAAGGAAAUUGUUUAGAGAAAGCAGACCCAGCUGGCAGUCGAUUCAAACAAUCCGAAAGAGAAGCAGAAAUGAUGAGAUGCUACGAACUAGCAUCUGAUUUAAGUUUACUUUAUUUACAAGAGAUUGACAAACUCAAUAAUAAUACUCAAGGUUCAAUUACAGGUUCACAUAGUCCACAACCUACAAAUACCAUGAGUACAGUGAAUACAACAACAAGUAGUGGUAAUAAACCAAUGAUGAUGGGUAUAAUUAUGGAAACAGCUUUAAAACGUUCACCAUUGUUAUAUAUACGUAACAAUAAAUUGGCAUCAGCUGUAGAACGUUAUCGUUCUAUAUUAACAGCUGUAGAAUCAAAUAGCACACACGAAUUACGUUUACAAUUUACACGUCAAUUGGCUGAAGUAUUGUUACGUGGUGUAACUGGUAACUCAUAUGUAACACCAGAUAAACCACCAUUAUAUGGUCUAUCUAAACGUGCUGCUGGUCAUGAUAGCAACGCCACUCCAUGGAAACCUAAGCGUUAUGUUAGUUUGAAUCAAUUUAUACCAAAAAAUGAAAAUGAAGAAAUCAUUCUACUUCUAUUGAUCUCAGAAGCAAUGGCUGUUCACAAUGCUGUUCUUUCACAAUCACCAGAAUUUAAAGAAGCACGUAUACGAGCCUACCUUGAUGCAACAUGUGUAUACGAUUUAUUAACAUUGGCAACAGUUCGUUGGGGUCAAACGGAACUCUUGUGUGAAGCAUUAGAACGUGCUAUGAAAUUCUCAUUUGACGAGCCACAUGUAUGGCAUCAACAAGCCUUAUGCCUAGUUACCAUGGGUCGUUACAGUCACGCCUUGGAUGUCCUUAAACAAGUCAAUCGUAUGCAACCCACAUUGGUGUCUCCAUGCUUAUUAGCUGCGAAAAUAUGCUACGAACACAUGAACUUGCCAAUUUUAGGUUUAAAAUGGAGCGAGAAAGCAUUAAAAAUUGAAAAGGAAACAAGUUCGCCACAAGGAUUAUUGGCACGUUGUCACAUUUACGUUGGUAUUGGUUACCAAUUAAAAGCUACUGCGGCCCAACUUAAAAAUGAAAAGAAUCAAUUUAACGAUUUAGCAUUGGAAAAUUUUCAAACGGCUAUCACUGAAGAUUCUAAUGAUCAUUUGGCUGAAUAUUAUUGUGGACUACAAUUAGCAUUAAUGGCACGUAUUAAUGAAGCACUAACACAUGUUCGCAUGUCAUUGGCAUUACGCCCUGAAGGUUCAGGAGCAUUACAGUUGUUAGCAUUACUAUUGUCUGCAUCCAGGCAACAUGGUGAAGCAUUACGACUUGUUAACACAGCAUUGGAUGAAUAUCCAGAUUGUUUGAAUUUAAUGAAUGUUAAGGCACACUUAGAACUUCACGAGUACGGUGGUGAGCAGGCCUUGAACACAGCCAAACAAAUGUUAAUGUUAUGGAAGAAUCAAUAUGAGAGCUUAACAAUUAAUGAAGCACCAGAGUGCGAUCGUAAGAGUGAUACACGAUCAGUAUUUCAAUUGUAUACAUCAGAAAUGUCUGAUAAAGAUUCAAGUUCGUUACAAGCACACAGUGUGGCUGCAUCACGAGUAGAACAAGCAUUAAGUGAAGCAGCAUCAUCAUUAAGUAGUUUUUGUCCUAGACCUGGACCACAACGUGCAUGGCAACUGUUAUUACAAAUAUGGUUGUUACUUGCUGAAUUAUAUUUAAAUAUUGAACAAAUUGAAUCCGCACAAGAAUGUGUUAAACGUGCUCAAGAAAUAUAUCCAUUAUCACAUCAUAUUAUGUAUAUGCGUGGAUUAAUUCAUGUUUAUAAAGAAGAAUGGAAUGAAGCUAAACUAUGCUUUCAAAACAGUGUGGCAGUAAAUCCCAGGCAUAUAAAAUCACUACAACAACUAGGACUAAUCUAUCAUUAUUUAGGUUUACAACGUGUAGCUGAGACAACAUUACGAGAUGCUUGUAAAAUUGAUCCAACAAGUCAUCAAACAUGGUUUAUACUAGGUAGUGUUUUAGAAUCGUUAGAAGAAUAUGAUGCUGCUAGUCAAUGUAUGGCAGUAGCAUUAUCAGAAGAAAUGUGUUCACCUGUUAUGACAUUCUCAUCUGUACCAUUAUGUUUUGAAUAAAUAAAUAAUUUAAUUUAAUUUAAUUUAAUUAUUAUGGAUAUAGGUAUUAUUAAUUUACUAUACAGAGUGUGUGUUUUCAUAAUAUGCCCAUUAGGAGAAUCAAUGUUAAAUAUUAUUAUUAUUAAACACAUAAAAUUCAUCUUUUAUUCGUAGAGAACACACCGUAUGGUCGAUCAACUGAGUCGAUCAUAGCACUCAAUGCGGACAAAAUUUCGUUAAAUCAUG